AUGCUUUUCAAGCAACCAGUCAUCGUGUGCGUUCUUCUAACUGUAAUCCAUCAAAUCCUGUCAUAUCGGUUUGACUUUGUUCUAAAUGUCACAAGGGCCUUGAGUCGAACAAAUAGAUUUCACACUUUCACGGUGUUUUGCAGUGAUAGCGCAUAUCCAAAAAAUAUCGAGGGUUUCCCAUUGGAGCAUGAAUUGCAAAUUUAUUUUGACGUUCCUUUGGUUUGCUGCAACGAUGGUCUUGACAGCAGAAUACGCCUGCGAAGCAACCUUAACAUAAACAGCCUUGGAUUUGUGGUCAUGGACGAAAUCUCAGAUGAAAUUCGAAAUGUCUCCGAGCUGGCUCUGACGAAGUUGCAUGAAAUGAAGAUAAUUUUCAUUGUGACAGGUCCACGAGCAUCGGAAGUCACUGGUUUUGAGUUGGAGAGUUUUUUCAUUUGGUGUUGGGAAUUUAAUUUGCUAAAUGUCAUCGUGACGUUUGCCAGUGCCGAUGGCAAAGAGAACCAAGUUUACACGUACAAUCCCUUUCCUAAUGACAUUCAUAUGUAUAAUUUGACAAAUGUCAAAGUAAAGGAAUACUUCUGGAAUAAGGCUACAAACAUCAAGGGACAUGAGUUUGCCACCCCGGUUUUUAUUGAUGAACCACUCGUGAUGAAGAUGCACAACGAAACAACCAAUCGCACCCAAAUCACUGGCAGCGCAGGACGCCUCUACAAGGAAUUCAUCCGCCACAUCAACGCCACAUUCUUCCUCAUAAGUGUUACCAACAAUUCGAUGCACUUGCACCAGAAGCAGGUUAUCCAGCUGACAGUUGACAAAAAGAUUGACAUUAGCAUCCACCCGGCCAUUUAUUUGCUGCCCUAUGCCUCGGAAGGAAGCUAUCCCAUUGCCCACACCAAUGCAUGCAUAAUAAUGCCCGUUGUGCCGGAAAUCGAUCGCAGUAACUACAUAUUCUACGCCUUCGACAUAAACACUUGGAGGGUAAUUUUCGGGCUAUUUAUAACGUUCCUGGCAAUAGAGUUGAUUGCAAAUUAUACCUAUGAGCGGCAAUUGCUCUUUGGCAGGACAAUUGCGACAGUGGUGGCAGGAAUUAUUGGCCAAGCAAGUCGCAUGACGCCGCCACCGCCGCAGACGAGGUUCCUGCCAUUUGGACUUCUGGUGUUUACGGGCUUUUUUGUUGCCAAUUUGUAUGUGGGCAUAUUGACGAGCCUUUUUAGCACCACCGUCUACGGCCAGCAGCCGGAGAGUGCAGAGGAGAUUUUUGCAACUGGACUGCCGAUACUUUUGCUCGACUAUCAAGUGGACUCGUAUUUCAAGACGAAGCUAUUUCCGGAGCUGCUGGAGCAGAAUGUUCGUAUUACCGAUCCGGAUUUUCUGGCUCAUCAUCUAAAUACCCUCGAUACGAAUUUUGCCUAUGUCGUUAAGGAGGAACGAUGGAAAUUAAUUAGCUAUCAGCAAUCAAGAUUGUGGAAGCCGAUUUUCAAAAUUGCCCAGAAUUUCUGUGUUCCGAAUAUGUUCUUGUCGUUUCCCAUUCAAUUGGAUUCACCGUUCUAUGAGGUUUUGAAAUCGUUUACCCAGAAUGUCGAUAGUGCGGGAUUGUAUUUGAAGUGGAGCGACAUGAGUCACUAUGAGGCUAAAAAAUCAGGAUUUAUUGAUAUUUUGAAAGAGACCCGAGAACAUCCGGUUGCGUUGACUUUGAAACAUUUGGAAUUAGCGUUUAAGUUGACUGCUUGUGGAUUUAUGGCAUGUGUUAUUUGUUUUUUAAAACGUGGAAUAAUUGAAACCUCCCUUGAGCAUAUUAACAACUUAAAGCGUAGUUCCAGCUUCAGUUUACUCGAAAUGACAGCAAAUAACAAUAUAUCAGGCAUGAGUAUGGAAACUUUCAAGCAAAUACUAGAAGAAAAAAACAAAGAACUUUGCAAGGAACUCGCGUCGAAGGCUGAUCUACAGCUGCUUGUAGAUGAAAUAUCUAGUAUCAAAGUAAAAUACGAAGAAAUAAAUAACAAAUUUCAACAGCUGGAGUCACGAAAUAAGCAGUUAGAACUGCAGCUGGACAAAAUUACGCUAAAAAACACAGAAUCAAACCUAAUCGCACACCUACCUAAUGAUCAAAACAUUGACAUGAAUGACAGGGCAAAAUUCAUAUAUGCUGAGCUACUUGGUAAAAUAAAUGACGUAGACACCGCAUACAGCAUUCCCAGUCGAGACCUUCGUUCUGAGACAGUGAUCGGUAAAAUGAGAUGUCGGGAAUCCGUUUGGGCAGUACUCCGAAACCCGACAAAACUCAAGGAGACAAACAUUCGUAUUACCAAGGAUAUGCCCUACAACAUGCGCAGAAGGAGGGCCAAGCUAGUGGCGACCAGAAACGCUGUACUUGUGGCAAACACACAAAAGAAAAUUGUUCUUAGAGACGACAGGCUCACUUGGGACACUGUUGAAGGUCUUAAAUGUGGUCACGACAAUGGAUUAAGUGUUAUAGGUAGAAUGUUUGGCGCUCUGCCUGCAGGUCUUGAAAAUUUAAUGAAUGAUCUUCUUAAUCAAGACAAUGUGUAUCAAAUGUCAGUAAAAAGUCAAGCUCAAACGUCAAAGGGAGUGCGUUCAGGAAAUUCAACAUCAUGCCAGCUAACAAAAACAACCGCUGUACUGGGGAACUUCGAUGUACGUUCACACGAGUAUUUGCAAGCAAAGUGGAAAUGCGCUGUUAAAACAAACAUCAUAAAGAACAUAGAUGCUGUUCAUGAUGCUGAUGCCGAUGCUGAUGCUGAUGCCAAUGCCGAUGCUUGA